AAUAUGCAGGAAAUAGACGCUGGCAAAAUGGCGCACAACGGCAAGGUACUCACAGGGCGCUACAAUGCCACGCCCACCUAUGGCUUCGACAACGAGCAGAACUACUGCCUGAAUUCCCAACAGUUGCCGUCUCCAAUGCCCCCUCCACCAUACGCCUUGGCACGCGUGAGCAGCACACGCAACUUCGAGCACGAGAACCACACACCGCCGGCAUGUCCCGGCUCUGGACCCAUUGCCAUGACGAACGGCACCAUCCAGUUGCGCCUCCGCGAUGGCGUGCGCAUUGACAUGACUCUGGACAAGGCGGUGCGCGUGCUCAAUCAGCGCAGCAUGGUGGCAGUUGCUCUAUCACGCAACUGCAGCAACUCGGCUUUGAUCCACCCCAAUGGACGCAUCUUGCAGAGCAGCGCUAAAGUCGAAUUAGUCACCUACGACGGCAUGAAGGGCAAUAACUUUGUUCGCUAUGCCAAGAUGUGGUACAAGGGUGUGAGCUUCACCAGCGAGGCGUGCGCUCUCAUCUACCUGGUGGACACAGCCGGGACGCGCACCACAACCGACACUUUCACCGAUCUGACCAAGGACUACACCCUGGCAGUGUUCUAUGACGACUCGCGCCAUGGUCCCUCUUAUAUGGCUGAAGCCCAUGACGUGAUUGCCAAUUCAGCUUACACCUGUACCGAGGAUGGCACUGAGAUCUAUGACAUAAACGGAUUUCGCAUCACCCAGGCAGCCGAUGGCCUGGUACUCGUGUGGACAACAAGUGCUUGAUUCGCACCAGUCCCGGCAAUGGAUCGGCCACUUUGACCACACCUGGCAUCCAUUGCACUGCCUCUCUGGGCAAGACCUCGCAUCUGUUUGUUCGUCGCAAUGAGAAGCGCAUGCACUUUGAUGGAUCCUGUUUCAUUGUACGCAACGCCGGACACUCCGCCGGCUUCAAUGAGAACAACCUGCUCAUUGUCUACUGAGCGGCGUUCGUAGUCCGGAGAUAGAAACGGCGCAGUGGUAGCCCAUCCCACACGCACACACUCACACAU